AUGUAUGUAUUGCUUCCAGCUAAAAAAGAACGGGAUACUGAAGAAAUUAUUCAAGCGCUGAAUCGACGAAUCAGCGAAUACAGGAAAUAUCUUUCCAGACAUAGUAACAGCACCUAUCUUAGUAAAAAAGCAUUGGCCUCUGUGGAAAUCUUAACUCAAGAACUGGCCGACAUACAACAAAUGAACAAAGCAAAAGUAACUCCAGCAAUUCCAUCUAGUGUAUCAAUCGAGAUUAUAAGCAAUGGCACAGCUCACCUUAGGCCAUGUGUCGUUAUCCAUACUAAUUACAAGGAUUAUUUGUUUAACUGUCCAGAAGGCACUUCACGAUUCCUGGCUGCAAAUCGCUUGAAAGCUAUCAAUCUUACUGAUAUUUUCUUUACACGAGAUACUUGGGAACAUUUUGCCGGUGUAUCAGGAUUGCUCAAAACACCAGUGGCUUCAUCGUCAUCUAAACUAGAGCGAAUUAUUAGGCUACAUGGUUCUCAUAACAAGAUGAAGUAUUUUGAGUCCCAAAAUGAUUAUACCGAUGCUGAUUUCCCGUCAUCUGUGACUACUAAAUUGGAUAUAGCUUUUUUGGUUGAACUGAAGCCACCACAAAGGUCCUUGGAUAUCCAAAAAAUCAAGAAGCUGAAAAUCCCUAGUGGUCCUCAUAUGAAGCAGCUAAAAGAUGGAGAAAAUAUAACGUUAUCCGAUGGGCGUUUUGUUAAAGCAGAAGAAGUGUUAAGCGAUUUAAAGGCUAAACCACUAUAUGCUUGCCUUAUUGUUGAGUGUAGUGAUCUAAAAAAGCUUCAGUCAUUGCAAAAUAAUACUUUACUUCGAGGCUAUAGCAACCGAGACAGAAGUCUACGGUAUGUCGUUCAUUUCACUAAAAAUUCAGUGCUGAAUAAUGAUGAAUACAAAUCUUGGAUGGCUUCAUUUGGACAUAGCGUGGAGCAUAUCAUUGUGAAUGGCAGCGGUCCAUGCUUGCCUCACAUGGAAGCAGUUUAUCGUAUCAAUGUUAUCUUGAAUCAUAUUUGUCCAAAGUUAUUUCCUCUUCUAUAUCCAAAAGGAUUCAAUGGUAUUAUACAACAGGAUGAUGAUUGCGAAAAGAGCGGCAACUGUCUCUAUGUUAGGCCAUUUCAGCGGUAUUUUUUGCGCAGGCCUGUCAAUUUAGAUUUAUCACCGCCCAAUGUAUCGUUAGUCCUUACUGAUUUGUUGCUGCAACUCAAAGAAGAUUCGGCAACUUCUGAAUCUAUUAAUUUAUUCAGGCGCACAUCAAAUCUGCUAGCAAACGAGGACAAUUGGCCUAGGAUUUGUUUUCUUGGCACAUCAUCAGCCGUACCUACAAAUUUCCGUAAUGUCAGUGCAUAUUUUCUUCAGUUUAACGAGAAUUUUUGUAUAUUCGUUGACUGUGGCGAAGGAUCAUAUGGUCAGUUACGCACUUUAUUCGGUGAUGUAGCUUGUGAAGAUUUGUUACUGAAAUUAAGUGCAGUUUUCAUUACACACGGUCAUCAGGAUCACUACCAUGGAAUUUUCACUAUUGUUCAGUGUCGAAAAGAAUUGUUUAUGAAAAGAGGCAUGACUUACAAGCCGUUAAUUGUGGCUGGUGGAAACCACGUUUUGAAAGUUUUCCGUGAUGUUGAUCGUAGUUUUGGUAAUUAUACGCGGGAUAUGCAUAUUGUGAACAUCUCUAAAAUAUUGUGGACACUUUCUCAACAGAAAGGAGGUCCGGUAGAGGCAGUCGAUUUGACUGGUGAAAUACCUCCUGAAAUUAUAGAUAUAGAAAGUCUUGGAUUCAAAAGUGUUAUUGCGGUUAAGGUGAAUCAUGCAAGAACUGCUGUUGGUUAUAUAUUUACAGAUCUAAAAAACCAAAAAUUUGUUUUUUCCGGUGACACAAUGCCUUGUGAGCAGCUUGUAAAUCAUGGAAAAGAUGCACUAGUUCUUGUUCAUGAAUCAACUUUUGGGGAUGAUGAAGAGGCACAUGCCCUGUAUAAGAAACACAGUACAAUGAAGCAAGCUUUCGAUGUUGCUGCACGGAUGGGUGCAAAGAAUUUGGUACUAACACAUUUUAGUGCGAAAUAUCCGAAGGUACCACCAUUACCAGAUUAUAUCGAAAAAGCGGGCAAUGUAACUAUCGCGAUGGAUAAUAUGAUUGUUACACCAAGCGACUUGAAACUCUCAGCAAAACUUAUCCCGGUAUUACGAGCAGUUUUCUCGAAAGAAAUUAUUGAAAUAAUGCAGCGGUCUCUGAAAAGACAUGUUCAAGAAGACACACUUGCACGAAAAUUUGUUGAUACCCUUGGCUGUACGGCACAAAAGAAAAAACCAUCCGAAAAUUUAUCUUUUUCGGAUGCCGUUCCCUCAAUAACUUCGUGA